AUGGUUGAUCAAUUAAACUUUCAAGUCGCUGAUGUUAUCUUUGACAGUUGGGAUAUCGUGAAGAGAAUCCCAGACUACGAUGUUGUUAUCGGAGGAAUGAUGUUCCAAAAAAUCUUUGAAACUGCACCAUCAACUCUCAAUAUCUUCAGCUUCGGUUCCAGAUUUGCUUGCAAGAAGGAGGAACUCUACAACAGCAGAACGUUCGAGCUUCAUUCAAAAGCUGUUGUAAAGAUGCUCGAGGAUGUCCUUUCAAUGAUUAUGCCAGACCUUGUCCCUAUGAAAAGGACAUUGAAAGCACUGGGAGCAAGGCAUAUUUCGUAUGGAGUUCGUCCCUUUCACCUCAACCUUAUUACUGAGGUAUUGCUCUCGGCACUAGAAUCCAUUUUGGGUGAUACCGCAUGGACACCAAAAGUGGAGGAAGGCUGGAAAACUGCUAUUGGAUUCAUCUCAAAGACCAUGAUUUCUGGUGCCAACAAGCAAUUGAAGAAGAAGCGAAGGGAGGCACAGCAAAGUCCAAGUCUAGAGGAGCUUUCCUCCAAAAGUGACCACAGCAAGACUUCAUGUUCUUCGUGGAGCACACAGCAAUCGAUAGAAACACCGGAAGCAGCACCAGUAUUCAAGAGCAACGUGUGUGGAAGGAGGGUUUCAUUUGAUAUGAGCAAAGGUUUCGUGAAAGAUGGCGAUGAUGCUACCUUGUCAACUUCUGGAUCUGAUAGCAUGUUAGAUCACUGGCAAGAAAGUGACGUCAACUACAUGAAGUAUGUGGAAGCUGUCUAUACAUCAUGGGAUACCAUCAAGAAGGUUCCAAAUUAUUCAGAAGUUGCUGGCACAUUGCUAUUCCAAAACAUCUUCGAAGCAUCGGAGGAAACCAAGCAACUCUUCUCGUUUGCCAAAUCACAGACGAACGAUCAAGGUCUUUCCAAGAAUAUCGGCUUUUUGAUUCACGCCAAGGGCGUCAUCGACAUGCUGGACACUUGUGUUGGCAUGAUGGGUCCUGAUAUGGAGCCCGUUUCAAAAGCACUCGAAGAGCUGGGCGCACGCCACUGUCAAUACGACAUGGUGGACGCACAUUAUCCUAUUCUUGGAGAAGCGUUGCUCAAAACGUUGGAAACAACUUUGGGAGACGCCUGGACACCAGAACUAAAAGAGUCUUGGGCCGGCAUUUAUGCCUUCAUCUCCAAUGCCAUGCAAAAUGGAGCAAGAGGCUUCUUGGAAGAGAGCCUGAGCGCCCAUGGCGAGAUAUAG